AUGCGUGCUGUUCUGUUGGCAGCGCUUGUUGCUGUCCCCGCCGCGCUGGCUGUGACGAAGCCCAUCCACUCCCACAACGACUACUUACAGGCGGUGCCGUUCUGGACUGCGUUCAACCUGAGCGUGAUGAGCGUCGAGGCGGACGUGUGGUGGCAGAGCAGCCAGCUCUUCGUCGCACACACGAGCGGCGAGAUAAACAAGUCCAAGACGCUGCAGUCGCUGUACCUGAACCCGAUAAUGGGCAUCCUCAACGGCUCCCUCGCCGUCCCCAACCCGAUUUCCGUGUCCAACCCGCUCCAGCUGUUGAUCGACAUGAAGUCGACCGGCUCGUCGACCUUCCAGCCCGUGUCUGACGCGCUUGCCCCCCUCCGCGCGGGCGGAUACCUCACCACGUAUAAUUCUGCGACCGGCACGCUCCGGCCCGGCGCGGUCACCGUUGUCGGUACAGGCAACACCCCGCUCGCGAGUGUCGUCGCGCAGAACCCACGUGACGUCUUCUUCGACGCGGACAUCCGCACGCUCUUCAGCACCGUCCCCGCCACGGGCCAGACCUGGGGGCCACAUAUUUCUCCCCUCGCGAGCGUCGACUUUGGGAGCGUGUCGAACACGGCACAGAUGCAGGAGCUGGUGCUGAAUGCACAUGACCUGGGGAUCAAGUCGCGCUUCUGGGACACGCCCGCGUCGGUGAGCACGUGGAACACGUUCUGGGCGGCGGGCUCGGACUGGGUGAAUGCGGAUGAUCUGGCGGCGGUGUCGAAUGCGUGGGCGGCGUUUAGCGGCGCGCUUGUGCCGACGAGGUUUGAGUAUACGGGGCUGGAUGCGCAGAAGGCGUUGGAACGGAAGGAGGUGUAG